AUGGAAAAUGGGGAUGCUUCUGCUGAAAAUGGACCACAUAGAGGGGUACAGUAUCCAUUCACAGUCAAUGAGAAAGUGGUCAUUAAGGGAAACAGAAGGACACCAGAUAAAUUUGUUGGGAAGGAAGCAGUCAUCACGUCACAAUGUCUUAAUGGCUGGUAUUUGCUUAAGAUCAUUGGAAGUGGAGAAAAUGUUCGCUUACAAUACCGUUCGCUACGGAAGAUCCCGACCUCCAAGCCUGCAGAGGAGAGGUGUCAGUCCCAGCCAGCUCAGAACAGCGGCUGA